AUGCCAAGCCCUACUCUGAAACCAGUGCUGCAAACAAUGUCGUCUGCCCGGGUUCGUGAGGUGAUCAGGCAGUGCCUCUCUGAGGCGCAGUCAUCAGACUUUCAUGAAGCGGAGCAAAAAGCUCUUCAGACCCUAGUUUCCAUCACCAAGGUCAGUCCCCUAAACAGGAACUUGCUUGCACUAACAGAAGGAGCCAUCCCUGCCUUACUUACCCUCUCAAAAUCUUCCUCCGACAUCAUUCAGAUUCUCUCAUUGUCUAUCCUCUUCAACCUCUCCCUCAACCCUGAUCUAAAGCAAUCUCUUGCAGAUAUCGAAACCAUUCACCACCUGAAUUCCAUAAUUGCCACCUUGAACUCAGAAGAGUCUGGCAGAGUUGCUUCGUCUCUGGUUUGUAGUUUAGCAAUGCUUGACAAGAACAAGGCCAAGUUUGGGGUGGCAGGCACCAUCCAGUUGCUUGUCAAGGCCAUUGCCGGUCCCCGCUGUCCUGCUGCUCAUCACCUCCUUAGCUCUCUAGCCGAGCUUGUCCGGUUCCACGGGAACUGCACACUGGCAGUGAGAGAAGGAGCUGUUCAAGCUCUUAUCCAAGUGGUGGAGAGCACCGAUGGCGAGGAUCUAGCUGGAAUUUCUCUUCUGGUUCUAGCCCUUCUUGCAAGGUUCGAUGAAGGAUUGAAUGCUCUGAGAAAAACUGACCAGAUUGUGAGUAAGAUGGUAGAUGUGUUGAAGGGGAGGUGCAUGCUGAGCAAGGAGGGUGCAGCUGAAAUCCUACUUCUCCUGUUUGAGGAAAGUGAGGGCUGUGUGAGAGAUGCUUUGAGGCUGCCGGACUUCUCAACUUUGAUAGCUGAUCUUUCAGUCAGAGGAUCGGCUCGAGCUCGAGAGAAGGCGGCUUUGCUGCUGAAGAAGAUCAUGGAUGCUGACUUGGAUUCUUAUGUGGAUGGAAACCCCAUGUUUUCCCAGUGGUAG